GGUUGGGAAUUGUGGGGAGGUGUGAGUCAGGCUGUGCAUCCCUCUCUCAGAGUCGCGUAGCUAUGUCACAAUGGGACGUCGGACUAUCGGGCCUCAGCGUCUGUGGACUAUGAUUUAUGCUUUAGGUCCAUGGGACCACUCACUCAGCGUUAGUCUGACCACCAGCUGAAAUGGCUCUCUACCGCUUUAAAAAGUCAUCCCUCUGUAGAUCGCUCUAGCUGAGAGAGUGGCGCCCCUCCCUACUCUUCCGCACUGUAGGCAAUCUGCAAUUUUUCAAGACGAUUCUAGAUUGAAAAGUAGAUCCAUCUAAACCGAUUUUACCGAGAGAAAACCAUAUUUCGAGGAGGGGUUUUCCUAUUAGCAAUAUACGAUAGGUGAAUACGUUUUCUCUAGUGCUGAAAUGUAGUAAUGCCGUUGUCUUUACAUUCGGGAAACAGUGGUGAAAUAUGGCCACUGUUUUAGAGCAGCAUCUAGAUUACCGUGAAGAAAAAGAACACUGAGUAGACAGAAUUUGAUUUUGCUAGGUCGUUUCACUAAAACAAUGAAUGACGAUUAACUGUGUUUCUGUUAGAUUUUUCUCCAAAGGGACUAACAUUUUUUCUUAAUGUUUAUCAAACCUCAGUUUGUCUUCCAACGAAUAGGCUCAGCGGUUUUCAGUGUCUAUCGUCUCUCUUCUAGUCUGGCUGACACCAGCUCUCGAAGGGUCGCGCGUCAACCAGGCUGUCUCUCCUCUCCACAGCAGCCUUAUAAUAGGCCUAAUAAUAAUCCUAAUAUUACCACGUGAGAUUGGAGAUUUUUAUAUUGUUUUAGUACCUGAUAUGGUGGAGUUUUCAUAUUGAUCUCUUAUAAUUACUGCAUUAUUAUUGAUCAAUUAUCUAUUUUGUAAUAAGAAAUAAUAUAACAUGUUAUGUCAUGAUUUUAUAUUUAUUUUCUCAAGUGUGGGACUGCUGUAUUAGUAUUGAGUAAUUGUGCACUUCUUCACAUGACACUGCUAGUCAUUGCUCAGAAAUCUAAAUAAAAGUUGCACUCCUCAUGCUUUGAGCCUUAAUAAUGUCUUAUGAGCCUUUAUGACAUAUUCAACUGGCUCAAACUGGCUGUUAUUAAGUCAGGAUCAUUCUGAUAAUAAUACAUUAUAAGGGGGUCAUAUGCUUAUGACAAGUCUUAAAAUGCUUUUAAACCGCAUCAUAUUCCAUAUACCUGUUAUCAAAUGUAUUGCCAUUGUGUCUACUCCCUUCCACCAGGCCUGCAGGCAGCUGCAGUAAGCCACCAUGUCCAUGGCCCAGCAGCAGAACCAGGUGAUCCUCCAGUUCCACUUCAGAACCUUUGGAGACUCCAUGCUGCAGAAGAUGAACCUGCUCCGCCACCAGAGCCGAUUCUGUGACGUCACUGUGCGCAUCAAUGACCUGGAGGUCCCCGGUCACAAGGUGGUGUUGGCAGCCGGUUCUUCCUUCCUCCGGGACCAGUUCUUCCUGCAGGAUUCAUCCAUGAGGGAGGUCCAGAUCUCCAUGACCCAGGAGGCGGAGGUGGGCCAGCAGCUGCUGCUGUCCUGCUACACGGGAACCCUGGAGCUGCCUGAGAUAGAGCUGGUCAAAUACCUAACUGUGGCCAGCUUCCUCCAGAUGGGCCACGUAGUGGAGCAGUGCACCCAGGCCCUCAAGAAGUUCAUCCAGCCGCGACCCUGCCAGGUGAAACAGCAGCAUCGGGAGGAGGAGGGAGAUGGAGAGACUCUCAGAGCCUCUCACGCCCAGAGAGUACAUGAGCUGCCCCAAGCACAGGUAGUGCAUCGUGAGGUGGAGGAGGAUGAUGAAGACGAUGAUGAUGUGACAAUUCAGCUGAUGACCCCUCCCCAGAGGCAGAAGCGAGACAGGAGUGAGGGCGAGGAGAGCCCCAUCACCAUCGUAAAGGUGGAGUCCGUGUGUGAGCGGGUGUCUGAGAUGUCUGAACUUCCCUCUGCCUCCACUGCAGUGCGCUUCCCCACCAGCCCCCCAUUGUCGUUACACUCCCCCGAGCCCCAGCACUCCCUCAUCAACUCCACCGUGGACACCCGGGCUAGCGAAAUGACCAUGCCACCCUUGCCAGGAUACCCACUCAGCCCCCCUCCACUACCCACCUCAGCCACAGGGAGACCCAAUCUGGGGGGGCACCUACGAAACUCAGACAAAUCCCUUCAGUGGUACCACCAGUGCCCAAAGUGUGCCCGCGUGUUCCGCCAGCUAGAGAACUAUGCCAACCACCUCAAGAUGCACAAGCUGUUCAUGUGCCUGCUGUGUGGCAAGAUGUUCACCCAGAAGGGUAACCUGCACCGGCACAUGCGGGUCCACGCUGGCAUCAAGCCCUUCCAAUGCAAGAUCUGUGGCAAGACCUUCACUCAGAAAUGCUCUCUCCUGGACCACCUGAACUUACACAGCGGAGACAAGCCCCAUCGCUGUAACUACUGCGACAUGGUGUUUGCACACAAGCCCGUGCUCCGCAAACACCUCAAACAAAUCCACGGCAAGAACAGCUUUGACAACGCCAACGAGAGGAGCCAACUACACGACGGGGUUCUGGACUUUGAGUCUGCAGGACUGUAGCAUGGACAAUAAGCCUGUUCUUAUGGGUGACUCUCUGUAGCACUGUAUCGCGUUCCAUUCCAGUCAUAAAUUAAUAGCUGCGUAGUAGUGUUAACUGAAUUGUAAACCACAUUGUAAGGUACUUGAAGGUACAAGACUGAAUAUUAGAAGAAGAGUUACUGUAAAAUGAGUACUAAAAAUAUAAACUGAAAUGAUUUGUCCUGAUGAGGAUUGUUUUGGCUAAGGAAACCUACAGUAGAACAAAAGUGAUGAAAGUGUGUCUGUAGCACAUAAUAUGUUAUGAUGCCUGUUUUGGAAAUGGGGUAGACAAUAUAUGCUUGAGUAUUGUAUGAGGACAUGACAUGUGGGUAAGGAUGAUGAGUAUGUUGUGGUUCUACUGUGACAUAUCAGAGGAUCAGAUUCCCAACAGGAAAACGAUGAGUCCCACUUUACUUUAAAGAGAUUCAACGUAAUAUAUUGUACGAAUUGGAAUUCGUAACAUAUCAUACGAAUUGCAGGAGGUAACAUAUCAUGCCAAAUGGAUGACAUUGUACACAAUUGUGCACACUUUUCAGGGACCCGGUUUGGCUCAUGAGCACUACUUUCAAAACUACUGGCUGAAACUAUACAAAACCUUUAUAACGCAUCUUUAAGUGACACUAAAAGCUGAUCUAUUUGCAAAGUUUUUACAUUGGUAGGUACAGGAUAAUUACAGUGUGUGCACACAUUAGUACUUAGUAUGGCCUGUUUGGGCCAACUGUCAAUUUAAGUUUAUUUGCUAAUCUAAUUGAUAGCCUACAAAGUCCAAACAUGAAUAGUUGUAAGUACUAUGUAACAACGUGUAUCUAUACUGUAAUAACACUGUACUUGCCAAUGUCACCACCAUGUAAAUACUGAUAUGUUUUUCAGCACAAUGCAACAAAUCAAGUCACUGUAGUCAGCCUGUAAACUCAAAAGCAUUAGCAUACUUUCUACAGUAGAUGGAGCCAUUGUAUACCAUAUCGUUGCACAGCAUGAUGCGUUGUCUUUUAUACCCUCUGAACUCUUGCUGGCCAUUGUUGUGGGUGAAUCACUGGUGUUACAGUACUGUAAUUCAAGAUUGGAACAUGAUUUAGAUUGAUGACUGCUCCCAAUGCCACAGCAUCAGGAUUAUUAUAAUGUAGUAAAUGAAUGGACUGAAUGUUUACACUAUUAUUUUUCUCUGCUCCAUUUUGAUAGCAAUAUCCCUAUUGUACUUCAUACCAUGCAUUAUUAAUAUAAGUAUUCACUGUGUAACACUUA